AUCGGAGCUGCUAUCUUUUCCGACGCCAGUUUCCUGAUGCUGGUCGCUGUGUCUAGCUCUGGUGUCUCCGAGGCGGCUGGCGAGACUGCAUCGCUCGUCCGCAAGCAGAUCAACAUGGAAAUGAGCUCGGAUCUGAGGGAACAGUUAAAGUCAACUUUGCUGCAGUUGUUAAACAAACGCGUGGAAUUUUCUGCAGCGGGAUUUUUCCAGAUCAACAAACAAACUUUAACUUCGAUUGCUGCAGCUGUGACGACAUAUCUAGUGAUCAUGCUUCAGUUUCAGUCACAAUUCUCGUAGUCGCAAUCGUGGACUUGUCUGUUUUGUAGAUUACCACUUUACAUGUAUAAUUCUAUACUGAAAUGUACAGUUUACUAUACGUUUUGUGUGCGUUGUGUGUCACUAUUUUCUGACACGUAAAUAUUAGACCUUUUCAGUGACAAAAUAUUCCUUAAAUAUGUAUUCGCUUGAAGUGAUAUUCACUACAUUGAUUAUUUUAUCAUGAUUGAUAAAUGUUUUGCAUGCCCUUUCUUUAUCGCAAAAUUACCUCUUUUGUUAAAAAUAUAUAAAAUCCAACUUUUCUUUUCAACUUAUCUAAAUUUUCAAAACCUUACUUCAAAUGAGUCAAAGUGAGCCAUAACAUUGUUUUGUAAUGUACACUUUGUAUAACCCAGUUACUACCAUUCAUAACAACUAUACUUUUUGUAUUAUGUGAAAUUAACACUUGAAUAGUUUUAAAGAUGGAUAUAAUUAUGAGGAUUUACCUUAGAAAUGUGAAUACAAUAAA